AUGAAUAGCAUCCAUGUUAUUUUCUGUGGGACUGAUACCUUUCGUGUGGAAGGGGCCUUGCAAGGCGUAGUUGAAAAAAAGCAUUUUGCAUGGGACACUAGUUACCACCUGUCCGUCACUAGGACAGUUAAUAUUGACACUGUGGAUAAAAGGCUUUUAUCCUUGUGCAACGUUAUUGUUUUGGGCAAAGGGUGUCGCUCACCAAGAAGUCAGGACAGCUACAACGACCGCCCUGUGUUGUCUCUGGAUGACGCCCCGCAUAGUUGUGUCAAGGCACUUCGUGAUUCACACUUUUACUAUGGAUCCACUACGCUGGAUCGCCUAAGGGACGAGCUGGUGCGCAUUGCUCUGACACCGAUCCAUGUGAUUUAUGACACACUUCUUCAGUGUCUGACACCAACCGGAGAGGCCGCCUUUCACAGGGCCUUUUGGAUUUUCGACAAGCAUUGCACUGGCGUCCUUCGAAGGGAGGAAUUGCUGUCUUGGUUGCGUCAAACCAAGUCUCUGGCCUUCACCGAAGAUGACCUUCAGGAGUUUCUUGACAAAGAGCUCGGCAACGGUGUGAUGGUGCAUAAUGUUGCCUUGAGUCUAGAGCAGUUCAAGCAAAUACAUACGAACUGGCUUGCAGCUGGGGGUGCUGAGGAGGCAUGGGCGACGCUACACGUGGUGGGAACUUACCCUAGUGGUUUACCCCACUCAUGGUACGACUUACAUUGCACACGUAUAGACAAGGACACGAAUACGUAUUUGUCUUUACAUGGCAUCAAAUUCUUUUCGAAUUUAUAUAAGCUAAAACAUUUCAAGAAUACACCGAACAUCUGGCAGUUCACGCCUGGCUGUCCAUGGGCCGGCGUGGGUGGACUAGAGAAGCAGGAACUUUCCUUUAAUAAGUUUAUUGAGUGUUGGAAAUACAUGGCACUGGAACGCCGCGAGUCAGUGAUUCAGUAUGCUCGUUACUGGGGAUAUAAGGGAGACGCAGCGCUUCUUUUUGCGCGACGGAAUUCACGAGCCACCCGGGAACCUCAGGAGGCUCUUCCCAACACUAUUCAAGCUCUCGUCGUCGGCUCCGAAGGGUGCGGCUGUAGAAGUCUCAUUUUCACUUUGACCGCUGAGGGGCAAGAGAAGGAGUCGUUCCGAAGCGUGGCGAAUCGCACCGAGCCAAGCGAACUCUACGUGCGAUCCAUGACAUUUUACCCUUCCAAAUCCGACGCCAAUCCUCAGACUAUUAUUUACACGGUCGUCCCAUCAGAAAAGGCAGAACUCAUCCUUACCCACGAAAAUCUAAGCAAAAGCUUUGACGUGGUAUUACUGUGUUACGAUGGUGGUGAUGUCAUCUACAGCAUUCCAUAUCUUAUGAGACUAUAUAAACGCGCUAUCGCGGCGCCGUGUACUGCAAACCUUCCUUUUAUUGUUGUCCAAACAAAGACCGAUCGUGCAGCCGAGCAUGAAGAUGACACCAUAAAACAAAGCAAGUCAAGAUUGGAGGCUUUCUGUCUGGAGCAUCGCCUACUGUGGCCACCAGUAUUCACGAGUUGUGUGCAGCCAGAGAAUAAUGAUUUACCUGAGCUGAAUGAGUAUGUUUACACCGUCGCAAAUGACCCUAAUAUUGCGGUCGGUAACGCACCUUUGACUUGGAUCCGAAUUUUCCGUCGAGUCAAUGUGGUGGCGAUCGUCUCUAUUGCCACUAUAGGUCUGCUCCAGGCACUCGUUAUGGGGGUAAUCCGUUUCCAGAAAAACAGAAAGUCUUCGAGUUAA